UGGAAGCUUCCGCGCAGUCCUACAGUCCGGGCAAUACUGACCCAAUAAUAUACUUACCUUAAUAACACCCAGCAGGGUAGAUCAGACUCUACUCGCGUGCGCCAACCACAACAACUCCACAAUCUCUCCAGACACAAUGGACGCAACAUAUACAAUGACGCCGACAUCGGUGCAAGGACAACCAUCCUUUGCAUACUACCCAGCUGCCGACUCGCAGCCCCGACAACACUUCACUAGCCACCCUUCAGAUAUGCAACAGUUCUAUGGUCAAAUGCAGUCGUUCUCCCACCCCCAACAACAACCCCAGCACUGUGUGCCGGACCAAUCCCUCUAUGCCGCCCAGUCAGUCAUGAACAUGCACCAGAUGGCGACCACGAAUGCCUUCCGAGGUGCCAUGAACAUGACCCCCAUCGCUUCUCCUCAGCCUUCCCACCUCAAGCCCACCAUCGUCGUGCAGCAGGGCUCGCCCGCUUUAAUGCCUCUGGAUACGCGGUUCGUGGGGAACGACUAUUACGCCUUUCCCUCCACCCCGCCGCUCUCCACAGCCGGAAGCUCCAUCAGUAGCCCGCCCUCGAGCAUCGGAUCCCUCCACACGCCAAUCAACGAGAGUUUCUUCGCUUUCGAGAAAGUCGAGGGUGUGAAGGAAGGAUGCGAGAGCGAUGUUCAUGCUGAAAUUCUGGCCAAUGCUGACUGGACUCGCUCGGAUUCGCCUCCCAUGACACCUGGUAGGUCCUAAUUUGUGCUUCCAUUCGACAAUCCGCUAGCGCCUAUCCCACGUGCUACUAGAGUGCGAAAAAGCGUUGAAUCAGUCAAUAGUCUAGGGUUAUUCGCCAAGCUAACUGAACUUGUUCUAGUGUUCAUCCACCCCCCUGCAUACACCGCCUGCCAGACCUCGGAUCUCCUGUCUGCCACUAGCUCUUGCCCAUCCCUAUCUCCGUCGCCGUCUCCUGUUGCUCCAACCCUGAUUGCUCAGCCCCAGACCGC